GCGGCAGCAUGGCGUCCCGACCCAAGCGGCGCGCCGUGGACGGGGGGACCCCCCAGACGCUCGGCGACCCUGUCCCGUGCCACGAGGAAGAAGAGGACGAGGAAGUGGAGGACGACGACGACGACGACGAAGAUAGCGACGAGGAAGAGGAUGAAGACGACGAGGUCGUGGGCGAGCUGCAGAAUGACUCUCAAAAGUUACACCCGGCCGGGUCUCCCCCUUCUCCCCAAAGAAAAACCCUACACAGCGCUGGCUUUCAGGGACUUCAUUUUUAAAAAGCUAGAGUUGGAGCCAGAAAGGAUGGAGGAAGUGAAUGUUGACUUUGAAGCUUAUUCCAUCUCAUACAACGAUUAUGACGGGAUUAAGAAAUUACUGCAGCAGCUUUUCCUCAAGGCACCUGUCAACACUGCCGAACUGACGAAUCUCUUAAUUCAGCAGAACCACAUCGGGAGUGUGAUUAAGCAAACGGAUGUUUCAGAAGAUAGUGAUGACGAUGUGGAUGAAGAUGAGAUUUUUGGUUUCAUAAGUCUUCUCAAUUUAACUGAACGAAAGGGGACCCAGUGUGCGGAGCAGAUUAAAGAGCUGACCCUGAGCGGCUGCGCCAAGAACUGUGAGAAGAGCGUGGUCGAGCAGCUGGACAAGCUCUUCAAUGACCCCUCCCGGCCCGUGGGCCUGCUCCUGAGCGAGCGGUUCAUCAACGUGCCUGCGCAGAUCGCGCUGCCCAUGCACCGGCAGCUCCAGAAAGAACUGGCGGAGGCACACAAGACCAACAAGCCGUGUGGGAAGUGUCACUUCUACCUUCUGAUCAGCAAGACGUUUGCGGAAGCAGGAAAAGACAAUUCCAAAAAGAAGCAGAGCAGCCAAAAGAACGAUGAGUUAAUGUUUGCGAAUGCAGAGGAAGAAUUUUUCUACGAGAAGGCAGUCCUGACGUUCAGCUACUCAGUGCAGGAGGAGAGCGACUCGUGUCUGGGCGGCAGGUGGUCCUUCGACGACGUCCCGAUGAAGCCCCUGCGCACCGUCAUGCUGGUCCCGUGUGACAGGAUGGGCGAGAUCAUGGCGGCGCUGGAGGAACAUCUGUCUGUCUAGCCGCUUCCCACCGAGAGGGCGUGCUGUGUUUGUAAAAUCACCAGAAAACCCAGUGGAGUUUUACUGAAAAACUCGAGACUUUAUUUAGCUUUAGCUUCUCUACACAAAGUAGGGUUCUGUCGCCUGUGUCUGUGACACAUUUACAAAAUAGUGUUUAAAAAAUUUUUGGUCAAAUUAUGUACGUUUGAUUAAAAACCUUCCCCAUAAGAAAAA